GUCAAGGCACCCUAAUGCUGCCCAACUGUGAGCCCUUAUUUUCCCACCGGCGAAUCGCCUUCUCUCGUUUGCAACGCCUCCCCGCCACGUGUCCUUCCUCCUCCUUUCUAUAAAAUACACCAUAUAAUAAUUAAUUCAGAGUGAGAGAGAGAGGAAGAUGGAACUUGGAGGGAACAAUGGAGGCUUCCAUGGCUACCGCACCCUCCCAGCAACUAGCUCCGCAGAGACGAGCAUGCCCCCAACUAAGCAGCCGUCUGUGGCCGACGAGCCAGAAUGCAUAGUCCGGGAGCAAGACCGGUUCAUGCCGAUAGCGAACGUGAUCCGGAUCAUGCGCAAGAUCCUGCCUCCGCACGCCAAAAUAUCAGACGACGCCAAGGAGACCAUCCAGGAAUGCGUGUCCGAGUACAUCAGCUUCAUCACUAGCGAGGCCAACGAGCGCUGCCAGCGAGAGCAGCGCAAGACCAUCACCGCUGAGGACGUGCUCUGGGCCAUGAGCAAGCUCGGCUUCGACGACUACAUUGAGCCACUCACUGUCUACCUCCACCGCUACCGUGAGUUUGAUGGCGGGGAGCGCGGCUCCUUGCGAGGGGAACCGAUCAAGAGGAUGGUCGAUCAGGCCUCCUUGGGCUUGCACAGGUUUCCCCCGCUCGCUUUCCACCACAUUCCUCAGCACCAUGCCUUCUUCGGAGCUGCUCCGGUUAAUUUCUUCAAGGACUCGCCUAAUGCUGGUCCAUCCGCAGCCUGCAUUGAGCCAUUCCCCCACCAUAAGGAACAAUUGUAG